AUGAAGUUCAACUACCACGUACCGGCGUCAACGUACACACGCGCCUCACAGUACACACCGACCUACCACACGCCGACAUCCUACACCCCAUCACAAUACACACCCACGCAGUACAAAUCCUCAUACACAUCCACGACAAAGUACACCCCGACGCAGUACAGCACAACACAGUACACUCCGUCAUACCACACGUCCACAUACAAAAGUGCACCGACAUACAUCCCUUCAUAUACCAAGGAGCCGCGGUACCGCUCCACACGGCGCACGCCGGCCCAGGAGCCUCCUGCACCUGUCGCACCGGUCACACCUGCAAAGAGAACAGUGCACUUCCCCAAUGACAUCGUCUUCCAGGAUGUUGUCAGACGGGGAGAUCUGGAGCAGAUUGGUCGGUUCAUGAGGGCGAGGAAGGUUCGUGUGGAUACAAUCUUCCACUCAGGUAUGGCAGCGAUACAUGAAGCCGUGCUGACAGGAAACAUGGAGGCGGUGAAGCUGCUGGUGAAAUAUGGCGCUGAUGUUCAUCAGAGGGACGAGGACGGAUGGACGCCACUUCACAUGGCGUGCAGCGACGGCUACCCAGAAAUUGCUCGUUACCUGCUGUCGAUAGGAGCCAGCACAGAGGCAGAGAAUGAAAACGGAGAGAAGCCCGCUGACCUCAUCGACCCAGACUGCAAAGAACUGGCCAAACUGUUUGAGACUGGCUGUGUGUGA